AUGGCGAUAAAUCAGAAUUUCCCCUACGAGAAAUUACCCAACCCUCAAUCAUUUCGGCUCCUUGAGAUCGAAAAUGGCGACAGCAAUUGCACUGUCAGAUGUACACUGAGAUUGCACUCACUGGAAACGGCACCUUCGUAUCAAGCUUUGAGCUACGUAUGGGGACCUCCAGCUACGACCAAUGGCAAAUCGAUUCAAUGCAAUGGUCAUAACUUCUUCGUUACUGUCAAUCUGUACGGAGCUUUGCAUCGCUUGCGGGAAAUAAGCGAUUGUCGCUCGAUCUGGGUCGACCAAAUCUGCAUCAACCAAAAUGAUCUACAGGAACGAUCUCAACAAGUCUGUAUCAUGAGAGAUAUAUACAGCAAAGCUCAGCUCGUCAACGCUUGGUUGGGCGCAACGGAGUCACCCGAGUCUGCCCGUGUUGCUGACAUGAUCUCCAUAAUGGGAUCUGAUAGUUGGCCUGGCACGACGAAAAGCACCGACCCUGUUGGCGAUAACGCCUUGGAAUCUCUCGGCCUGCCGAAAAAAGAUUUUCCGACCUGGGUAGCCUUCCAUAAUAUGCUCGCCCUUCCAUACUUCUCAAGAGUGUGGAUCGUCCAAGAGAUCGCCGUAGCGAAAUCCUGUAGGAUCCUAUGGGGGAGAAUCAUUAUCCCUGGUGAGACCUUUCGCAGCUCUACAGUAGGUUGGCUUUUGAUACCUAGGGUAUUGGAAAUUUCCGCUACAGUGCAUGCUGUGAAAAACGCGGCCAUGCUCCUGGUAGGAAACCAUCAAAGCAAAGAGUGGUCUUAUUUGGUGGUCAGGUUCAUGGGACACCAGGCAUCAGAUCCCCGCGAUAAAAUAUAUGCAUUCAUCGGGCUCGCAGACCAGACAGGGUACGACAUCGUGGCAGAUUACAAUAAGCCUGUUCUGGAAGUUUACCAAGACUUCGUGCGCACAAACAUCGCUGUAACCGGGAAACUUGACAUCCUGCGCUUCUCCACGGUUCAGAAUCUCGAUAUGAAAACAGGGCCUUUAUGGGUUCCGUGGUUUCAUAGCCUGCAUAAAGAGCCAAUACAUUUCCAAGACAGAACACAUAACUCUUCGAAAGACUCCAAAGCCAAAAUGGGCGAAGAUACAGAUCAAGGAGUAUUGACCUUGCGGGGAAUACAUGUUGAUACUGUCGUCAUAGCGAUAAUGCCGUUUACGCCAAGUGCAGAUUUAUGGGAGGAAGCCAAGGCCAAGGCUUGGGAAAUAGAUCCACGCCUCUCAGAGGAGAUGAUUCUGGACUCAUUAGGAUGGAGCCCUAUUACCUGGAUCUUACAAGCGUAUGAGAUGAUGAUGCAACAUGAAGACGUGAUUCUUGCGAGAAACGGUGCUGAUUUGAUUACACUACUACUGAGAGCAUUGACAGCCCGUAUGGAUACAAACCUCUACCUAUUGGAUUUCAAAGAGUACCUAUCAUCUGCUCUGUUACGACUUCUUGUUUCUCAGGAUAAGAAAGAGGAGACAAGAACUCUCAUCACGCUCCUACAUCGUGUGCUUCAGGUUCACCCACCAACACCCGAAAGACAGGCGCUUUUCGACGAUAAGGAAGAAAUACAGCAACUAAGAGAUAUACUGACAGAAGUCUACGAUAACGAAGAUGAAAUUGACUCAUCUGUCGAGCUGGUUAAGGGUUUAAAGAUUCCACCACCCACGGGUCGAAAGGAUACACCUAACAGCUUCAAAGAUGCGAUGGAAGCAGAUCGGAUGUUUUUCAUAACGGAAUUAGGGUCCGUUGGCAUCGGGCCUAUGUCAAUGAAGCCUGGAGACCAUGUUUGUGUUCUUUAUGGUGGAUGCACGCCUUUUGUUGUGCGACCGGUGGACGGUGUUGGUGAAGAUUAUUUGUUCCUGGGGGAGUCUUUUGUUAAUGGGCUGAUGAAUGGAGAGGCUUUGGAUGACGAAAGUGCUAUUGAGAAAUGGCUCCGUUUAAGAUGA